AGAUAGCAGCAGUAUAAUAUUAACUAGUGGGCUUCUGUUCCUGUAUCUGCCAAGCCUGUGCAAGCGAUACUGUGGAGCAUUCCGGUGGACUGUAACAUCCUGCUGAUAUACAGCUUCUACCCUGUCAUGCUGCUGUUGUUGUCCGAGCAACCAUUAACAGCACAGUAUCAUAUUUUCCUGCCUUUUGUUCCAUGCUGAAUAUUUCAAUCAGCUGUAGCAGGAUUUGAAUGCAACAAAAACAGAAGGGAUUUCUUUUCUGGCAGGAAGAAGCAGUGUGCGCACUGGGGUCUGAUUGUACAGGUUAGACCUUGAAGAAGCAGCAGCAUCCUUCUUAGCAAGGCAAUGCAGGAUUAAAGAUUUUCCUCUGGGCUGGUGAAUAUUGCAAGGCCCCUUGCUUGCUUUGCAUGCUUGCCGACUGGAUGUCAGUGCUAGUCAGCUGCUCUCCCUGUUUACCCAAAGGGGAUUUGUUUGAAGUGCACACAUGAACAGGCAGCUCGGGAGCUAGCUAGCUUGGCAAGAGCUGGAAGAUAAGCGCUUUGGAAAAUAAAAUCAGCAGCAGUAUGCCUGUUUCUGCUACUGCCGUCCGACAGGAAAGGUUUAAGAAGUCAAGUACGAGGCCGACUCUACCUGUUUUAUUUACUAUUAAUGAAGAGGAUGAGCAGCAAAGGAAUGGAAAUGCCAGAAAGCAGAAAGCAGCCGACACUCAGGCUAAACUAGAUGCGAAGAAAGCUCAGGCAUCCAGUCGCCCUUCUUCUGCUGCUUCAGGACAAAGCAACAACACUGGAAACAAACUAGAGUCACUAGUACUGAAGGUUGAUGAAAGGCAAAGGCUUGCCAGAGAACGGCGGGAGGAGCGUGAAAAGCAGCUAGCUGCCCGGGAAUUUGCCUUUUUAGAAAGGGAGGAAAGGGCUAAGCAGUACUAUGAAAAGCACCUGGAAGAGCGGAAGAAGAAAUUAGAAGAGCAGCGAAUAAAGGAAGAAAAGCGACGAGCUGCCGUAGAGGAAAAACGAAGACACAGGCUUGAGGAACAAAAGGAGCGACAUGAAGCUGUUGUUCGAAGGACGACUGAGAGAAGCCAAAAAGUAAAACAAAAACCCAACAGGUGGUCGUGGGGAGGAGCAAUGCACAACAGUGCCGUCAACAGCAGUGGUUUUGUUGAAUCCGCUUUCCCCUUUCUCGAUUUAGCAGGCCUGGAGCACCACUUCCAUGGUGCUUGUGGUUUUUGCAGAUAUGGAACAAAAAUGCAAUAUGCAGACCGGCGGUCUGUUUCCACCAUGAACCUCUCGAAACAUGUUGAUCCAGUCAUUAGCAAGCGGCUCUCCUCCUCAUCUGCAACAUUAUUAAACACUCCAGACAGAGCCUUACAGAAAAGGAUUUCGAACUUUAUCAAACUUCAGUCAAAGCCACGUUCCUCCUCCCGAGGAAAGCCCUCUCAGGAUCCACAGCCAGGUGUUCCUGUGGAACGAAAAUCGCGUCGCUUGCAGCUCAGUCCCUGGGAGAGCAACAUUGUCAGUCGGCUGCUGACCCCAACCCAUUCCUAUCUGGCAAGGAGCAGAAGUGCUGUUUCUUUGUCUGGAGAGAUAGUUAUCCCCAUUUGUCCCCGUUUAGCAUCUUUCAGUCCCAUGACUCCAGCAUCCUACAAGCCUACCCACUGUAGAAGUGUGGAAAGACCAAGGGCUAGUGUCUUGAGUUCAGAGGUCACUAGCCACAGGAGAACUGUGCAUUCAGUAACGAUUGAUAAAAAGGAAAAAGAUAAAGAAAAUGAGCAAGAGAAGAAAGGUUUAUCAAACCUCACUGCUGCCCCCCCUGCAACCUUGACAGUCAGGAGGUCUCUUUCACCUUCUAAUGUGAGAAGUAGAGCAAAGGCGCCCUCUCCAGCUCGAGUGCCUCACAAAACCCCUCCCUUGCCUGGUACUCCUAAGCAAUUAAAAUCCCCUCCCCAAUCAGCUGUGGACUCACCGGCUCACAACCGUCCACUGUCGCCUGGCAACGUGCGGCCAGUGCGAACUGAAACCAACAGAGUUGAAGAGGGUGAGCACCUAGACGUGAGAGAGGAAAGCACAGAAGAUAUGCAACCAUCAAAUAAACCAAAAUCAGAUCAUCCAGCACCUACUAAAGACACUGCACCUAAACCAGAGACUCUUAUAGAAUCUGUUCCAGUCCUGCCUCAGCCACAGGCACAGGCUCCAGCCUCGCUGCCUCCCCAACCAGCAGCCGCCAUGGCAAAACCAUCAGCCGGCACUACCGACCCCGAGGAAGCCACACGACUGCUGGCUGAGAAGAGACGACAAGCCCGGGAACAGAGGGAGAAGGACGAAGAAGAGCGAAGGCAGAGAGAGGAGGCUGAAAGGCGAGGGCGGGAGGAGAUGGCUCGCCGGAAGGCUGAGGAGAAGGCUCGCCGGGAGGAGGAGGCCCGACUGCAGGGAGAGGAGAGGAAGAGAAGGGAGGAGGAGGAGAGGCGUGCCGAAGAGGAACAGCAGCAGAAGCUGGCCGAGAAGAGAGCACAGAAAGAGAGAGAAGAGGCGGAGCAGAAAGAGGAAGAGGAAGCUCGUCUGCGGGAGGAGGAUGAGAGGAUGAGAUUAGAACGGGAGAGAAAAUUCCAGAAAGAGGAGCAGGAGCGCUUGGAAAGAAAGAAGCGACUGGAAGAAAUCAUGAAAAGAACAAGAAGGUCUAAUGGUGCUGAUAAGAAACCUGUUUCACAAAGGAAUGGGGAGGUGUCCCAGCAGACCAAAACAGAAGAAACAGUGCCCAGUCAAAUGCCUGAACAGACCCCUCAGUCUGUAAAGAUAGAGCAGAAGUCACAUGAGGAACCAGCUGCACAGUGUACACGCAGCAAUGGCCAUGGCCAACUGAGCAUUUUGCAUUCACAUCCAGCUCCAGUAACAGAGGAAAGCACUUCAACUAUUGUUAAACAACCAAAAGAAAAUGGCAUUUCCGUACAGAAUGACAGUUUUGAAGAGGUGAUUAACCUCCCUGUUGGAACCAAAACAUCAAAGCUGGACUUGACUGGAGAAGGAAGCCAGGAUGUCAGCGCAAUUAUUCCUGUACUUGCAUUCAAAGAGAAUGGUUCUCUGGGAUCAUUGGCUAAUGCUGAAGGUGUUCAAUCACAUCAGACAGCGGAAGUCAUCUGAGAAUUCCAGCUGAAAGGAAGUGAAAUUGGCAAAAGCAGCUGCAGUUCUUUUUCUUUUUUGUUUUUUAUAUAUACCAAGGAGUGAUUUGGGGCUAUUUUCCUGAUCUGGCACUUUGGAAGAAGUCAACAUAUUUUAUAUCAAAGAUUGAAGCAGACUGGAUACCUUUUAUUGUUAAAUGACCAGCUAAUGUUUCUCACCACUUUAUAACGCUGUGUGUGUAUUGUGUUAAACAGCUCCCUUACACCAGUUUAGAUUUCCUGUAUCCUCAGAAAACAAAAGAUUUAAAUGUUGUGUGCGACUGUGACGGGAAGAGGGGAAUGAUUUUGUUGGGUGUUACAAAUGACUGUAAUCUGAAAUCCGCUACAAUUUUACACAUAUCAUACUUGAAGAAGCCUCAUUGCUUUAGAAGUAGCUGCUAAUGGGGUGUUAAGUUUAAACCUGAAAGUUUAAAUUUAAUGACCGAGAACCUGUAUAGGGGUGCACACUCUUAAACCGUUUUCUCUUUGUAAACCAAGAAUAGUCUUGGAAAGUUAUACAACACUGAUGUCUCCUAGUUUUUUAACUAAUGUAAAAAUGUGGAAAAUAUAUAGUAAAUUUAAUAUUUUCAAUUAUGAAUAAAACUGUUCGCUUGAGCAGGUUAAGCUUUGUUAAAUGUUUUGGCAAAGCAGCCAGGAGAUGUAUUAAGUACACAUUCAAUACCAGAAGUAGUAUGAUUGUUGGAUUUAAUAGCAUUGGUCCAAUAGAUAUUGCCAGUAUAUAAACAACAUACAACCCCACCCCCCCCCCCCCCACCCCGAUUUUUAGAUUUAAAUCGAAUUUCUUAAACUGCUGCUACUUUAUGAAUUUCCUUUGCCUUAUCGGCUCAUGAGAGUAAAUGAGGUUCGAGUGAUUGUGGAAGUCUUUGUGUUUACUCGUUUCAGAGCAGGGGGACAUGGAGUUUGAAAUGCAUUCCUAAAAUGUGACUUUCCCUUAGUUUUUUGAACUUUUGAUAUAUACUGAGCAUCAAAAGAAACUUAUUUAUAUUUGGAUAAAAUUCACUAGAUGUGAUCGAAAAAUAUAGCAGGUGCAGUGACUUUUUAUUGUGCUGAUUAACAAUUGACAUCACGAAGAUGCUGCAAAAUGAUCUGUCAAUCUUGGGCAGGUGUUUUGACUCUUGGUCUCCCAGUUUGUGGCCUGUCAUUGACAGAGUGUGUCUGGUUAUACCAUCUCGCCAGGUUUGAAAUUGCUGGCUGUGAGCACCCAAGACGGCGAGCCACAGUACGCUGCCCUAGUCCAGCCUCCAACAUGCCGAUUGCACGGAGGCGCUGCUCUCUUGACAGACGUGGCAUAUUCUUUUUUUUCUGUGAUUUUCUUUUUUGCUUUUAUUCAAGCUUGCAAUUCAGCAGCUGAAAUCACUCCAUAUCCAGUGUUCAAUCAACUGUCUCACUAAUUAGGUGCAUAUGCUUCAGUCAGUCACUCAAGUGUGGCAUGGUCAAGAAUGAAUGAUCGAGUGAUUAAAAAAGAAACUGCCCAUCAUUUAUAUACCUUAUUUUUUUUUUAAUAAACGUGUUAUAAUAGUGAUAAGUUUCUUUUGGUGCUCGGUAUAUAUUCCAUUAUUUCUGCAACACUUGAACCAUUUAACUUCCAUCUCACACAUUUUAGGCAUUGUUGCUAUAGAACAUGGUUGUCAAAGCUUUGCAACUUUUAGGGAGUGCAGACCUGAAUUGUUUAAAGACUACUAAAAUUCCUACGUAAUACAGUAUAAGCACUGGCUGGACUUUAAAUCCAGCUUUAAUCUGAUUUUUGACUAAACUGUUACGCAGAUGGCAAAA